AUGGAGGACACAGCCGCCGAAGCCGCUAUGCCCGACGGCGCGGUGUUCUGCAAGUCCUGUGACGCGGUGGUCGACGAGGUGGAGGAGUUCGGCGGCGCGCUCAUGUGCGCCGCGUGCGGCACCGUGCUCGAGGAGGCAGGGCUGGUGUCCCACAGGGACCGGCCCCAAACAGAGGUCGUCCCAGCAGAGGGCUUCGGCGUUGUCGUGCGGCACGACGACUCGGGCGCCGUCGCGGGCCGCAUCGUGCGCAGCCAGAACCAGGGCGGCUCCCGAGACCUGCGCGGCGCAGGGGGCCGCCCCCUGCCGGACCUGCGGCCGCAGCUGGCCGCGCUCUCCGCGGGCGCGACCGCCGCGCGGCUGCCGCCGGGCGCGGCGCGCGACGCGGCGGAGCUGCUGCCGCUGGUGGUGGCGGCGUACGCGCGGAACGGGCGAUACGUGGUGGCGCCCGUCACGGCGGCGGUGGCGUACCUGGCAGCGCGAAACCUCAUGCACAGCGUGUCACUGUCGGAGAUGGCGGUGGCUUUCGGGGUAAAGCCUCUGGAGGUCGGGCGCCACUACCUGUUGGCCGUGCAGCUGCUGUCUAUGAAGCCGCCGCCGCCGCGCCUCCAGGCCCUCAUCCUGCGCCACGCCUCCAUCCUGCUGCCCCGCACCUUCCCCGAGUGCUCCGACAACCCCCGGGCGCACCCGGUGACUAAGCUGGCGCGAGACCUGGGUGACCUCAUGACUAAGGUCGACGCGCUACACGGCCGCAACCCGACGGUCGCCUCGGCGGCGCUGCUCGCGCUCGCGUACAGCGCGCACGGCGGCGCCAAGGCAAGCUCGGCCGCAGCGGACGUGGCGAGCCUGCUGGGGUUUGACCGCCACACGGUGCAGCAGCAGGUGCGGGCCUACGAGGCCGAGGUCGCGAGGCUCGCGCCGCUGCUGCCGUUCGCGAGCGCGGCCGGCGCGGCGCCGCCGCGCGCGGCGCAGCUGAUGCACCACACGCCGCUAAUGCUCAGGCUGCACGAAGUCGUGGCGCGCGCGCAGGCCUAUGGGGCCGCGGCGGCUGUGCAGCAGCAGCAGCAGCAGCAGCAGCAGCAGCAGCAGCAGCAGCAGCAGCAGCAGCAGCAGCAGAACGGACACAGGUAG